UGCUUAUGCAUAAUAGAGAAAGAGGAAUGGAAAGUGGAAGGAAGAAAGGGAAGGUAUGCGUGACCGGCGGUGGUAGUUACUUAGGGUCUUUAAUGGUGAAUAUGCUUCUGGAGAAAGGCUACACUGUUCACUCCACCCUCCGCAACCUUAAUGAUGAAUCCAAGAUUAGGCUUCUGAAAGGGUUUCCUGACGCAGAAGAAAGGUUGGUGUUGUUUGAAGCAGACAUAUACAGGCCACAGGAGUACGAGAGUGCAAUUCAAGGUUGCGAAAUUGUCUUUCACGUGGCUACUCCCUACCAACAUCAAUUGGAUUCUCAGUUUAAGAACACCACCGAGGCUGCAGUAGAAGGGGUAAGAGCCAUAGUUAGGCAUUCCAUUAAAUCGGGAACAGUUAGACGGGUGAUUUACACAGCUUCCGUGGUUGCGGCUUCUCCUCUUAAAGACGACGGAGCUGCAGGUUUCAAGGAUUUCAUUGACGAAACAUGCUGGACGCCUCUCGAUCUUUCGUUAGAUCUUCAUAAGGGGUACGUUAAUUCGAAGACAGAGGCUGAGAGAGAGUUAUUGAGUUAUGGAAGCAAUGAAAAUGGAAGGGGAUUGGAGGUGGUGAGUUUGGCUUGUGGCCUAGUGGGUGGGGACACUCUUCUCAGUUACACACCAUCGAGCGUUUCAUUGCUUUUAUCUCCGCUCCAAGACAAUGAAGCCACAUACCAGUCUUUGAAGUUCUUAGAAGAUUUGAUUGGAAAAAUCCCAGUUGUCCACAUUCAUGAUGUCUGUGAGGCCCACAUCUUCUGCGCGGAGACUCCUUCAAUUAAUGGCAGAUUCUUGGUUGCAAGCUCUUUUUCAUCAACUGCAGAUUUAGCAAAUUAUUAUCUUCAGACCCAUCCCCAAUUUCAUUUGAAGAAGUAUUUGGGAGGACCGAAAAGGGAUAUAAAAUGGGCAUCUACAAAGCUGACAGACAAAGGGUUUGUUUAUAAACAUGACCUGAAGAUGAUACUAGCUGAUUGCAUCAAAUGUGCAAAAAGGAUGGGCGAACUCUAGUCUGUUUUCUUCAUUUCAACUUACAUGAUAAAUUAUCUGUUUACUUUAUACCUGGAGAUGUGCUAUUUUAUGAAAAGAAAUUUGCUUAUUCUACACAUGUUCCUUCCCUGUCGGUCUCUCAUUCUUCUUUUUCAAAUAUUGAUAAGUACAUUCAAUUCACAA